CAACAAAUAUGGCGGUCGUAGUGUGGAGACGCGUGUGCAUGCAUGUGAAAAGCAGUUUCGUUUAGGUUUGCAGAAGGGAAUGGAGGAUUUUCCUCUUUUCUUAAGAGCAGGCCUAAUGAUGUUUCAGUAGAAGGAUGAAAAGUGCCCUAAAAGCGUCGGUAGCCUUGCAAUUUAUCACUUUAAUGGCAGAGAUAAUUUCCCUGGACGGGAAUGGGAAAUCGAAGGAUGAAAAACCCAGUGGUUUGUCUGCUCGGAGUAGCUCGUGGUAAGGAGAAAAAGAUUACGAGAACACGUUAUUGACCUUCCUUUUCAUCUCUAAAUUGAUUCUGCUGGCGUUUUUUUUUUAGUUCACUUGUAAUUGUAAGUACGUUGGAUGGGAAGUUAAGUGCGUUGGAUACAAGAGAUAAUGGCAAGUUACUGUGGAGUUUACCAGCUUUCCACGGACCUCUGUUGUCAUCCAGCCUCAGUUCAGUUCAGGUAUUUUAUAGAUAAAGUUUUCUUCUCUUCCAUAUAGGUUUUCUAAAUCUUUCAGCGUGGGCGGUGCAAGGUAACUGUUAACUCUUGAUGUAAUCAAAGCAAACGGAUGCAUUAUCCGUCGGAUGAAACGAAUUCUGUGCGAAAGGCGAGGGAAUCCCCAGGGUGAAAAGUCAGAAUAUUUGCAUUUGAUUCUUCGAUGCUAGCAUUUGUGUGAACCAGACUACGUCUGAUUUAAUGCUAGUUCUAUUAUUGUGUCCAACUCUCCCUUGAUUAGGGAAAAGGAAUUUGCUCCCAAAUUAAGUGCUCCACCACACCGUCGCUGUCAAAAUGUGCAUGAGAUUUUGACUUGUAUCAACAAAAUACCUCAUGUACUUCCAAACUACUAGAAGACAGGUAUACUCUAACAAAGUUAUUCGCCAGAAACACAAAUUAGGCUGUGAGUUUUGCUGUAUGAUAGCUACUUAAUAAGAUGUGCUAUGUCAUCAUAUUUUUACAGAUGGCAAAACACGUGGGUCUGAUACCCUCAUUGGAUGGUGGAUUGUAUCAAGUCAGUGGAGACAAAGUUGAGGUAAACAUGAUUAAAUCAAACAGUAAUCAGGUUCUCAGUUCAAGUACUUUUGAAGUGGUAAUUUGGCAACCAGAAAGUUUGAAUGGUCACCUGAAAGAAAAGUUUCAUUGCCAGAAAAAAAGAAGAGAAAAGAGUGCUGUUUAUAAUUAUAUUUUCUUGAGCAUUCAGCUGUAAAAAAAUAUUGCUUGUCUCUGAAAUAUAGGAUUAUCAUUGGCUCUCAUAUUUUAUUUUGAGUGGGAAGGAAUAUUUUAGCAACAAGUAAGGCUAAAUACUCAGACAACCAACAAGAAAGAAACAAUUUUUCAAACAAAGAAAACCAGAUAGUGUUAAUAGUGUUGAAUGCAAGUUUUUUGUCACUGUAUACAAUUGAAAAAUAAGAUUAAAAAAAUAUAUCGCAGCAUGUAACAUGACUAGCAGAUAAAGCUGGUUGAAGCGAUGAUAUUCACUGAUAAUUUAGUUUGAAAUAGGAAACUCUUUUCACAUUUUGUUUACAAAUUUCGUUUUCAUUUUUGGGCCUGUUUUCCAAAUAUAGACUGUAAUAAUGCCUUUUUUAUUGUGAUGAUUUGUUUAAGUCUUAAAAAUCCAUACAAUAAUUUGUAGAGUUUUUCUAUAAAGCAGUUGUAGAAUUUUUCUGUCUAGUGGUUGUAAACAAUUCUUUUGAAAUGAUACAUCUACCUUAGAUGAGAAGCAAAAAGCAAAUAAACAUUCUGCUAUACAAAGCAUUAUGCACAGUGUAAUACAACUUUUUAUCAUGUGACCUGUUUGGCCCAGUGUGCUUUUAGUGAAAAACAUAAUGGAAAAAAAAUAGUAAGAAGGAAAGUUUUCUGCCUGGUUUUCUUUAUCUGAAUGGUCUUAGUUUCAUUGGAUGUGCUUUAAGUUUUACAAAUACUGAUUUCAGUUUUUAAUUUUCUAUCCACAGCCCAUUCCUUUCACUGCUGACACACUCCUUGGUUCCUUCCUAAAGCUUCCUGAUGGUUCAAUUUUAGUUGGUGGGAAGGAAGCCACUUCGUGUGGACUUAAUCCCUAUUCUGGGAAGGUAAGCUUGUUUUUGAAGGGAGUCCUUAAACUAUAACAUUAGUUAAUUCUUUCAGCUCUCGACAAUCUUGGGUAGAGUUAGUUAGAGAAUGGAUGAAAACAUCAAAUCAUGAUACAAACUUAGAAAUAAGUUUCAGUUCUGUAAUGUUUCAGUUUACUCAGUAUACUAUAAUGAUCUGAAUUAAUAAGUAAUAGCCGCUGGUGGUUUCAUGUCCUUUUUUUAUGUGUACAGAGACAGAUUAGCUGAUCUGAUUGUCUAAUACCCUAUUCACACUAGCAAAAUGUGUUUUUUUAAACUGGUUUUUACUGAAUGAAAAUCAUAAAUGGAGAACUGAAAAACAUAAUUUUCCAUAGGAUUCAAGUACUUGCUAACUUGCAUUUCCAGUGUGCUAAAUUUUAGUACAAAAAUGUGAGGUUAAGUAGUUUCUAGGAAGAAAAAAAUUAAACUGUGUUAGACAUUAAACAACUUUAAAACAUGUUUAAGCUUUGGUGUGAAUAGAGUGUAAGUGAGAGUGGUCUGGAGACAGCCUUGUUGUUUGUGUUGGGGACUGAUGUUUUGGUAACGAUCGGGGAAUCCAUUAUUACACACAACUGUAUUAGUGAGGAGUUGUCUGUCAGCUGGAGUGGAUAAUAUUUUUUAAAAGCACUUUAAUUCAAAACCUGGGUUAUAAAGAAAUGUAUUUAGUAGGUAGAUGGAAGGGGAGAAUGGCUAAAAUUAAAUAAAUCUGAUUUUAGGGGUGAAAAAGUUGAGACAAGUUUUAAAAAUUGAUUGUCUUACUAGAUGUGUUGUCUUUCAUUCAGUAGUGCUUGAUGUUAUUAUUCCAAUGCGAUUUUCAUUCUAAUUAAAGGCACAAUUUUGUUUCAUGAUAGGUACAGUAUGUCUGUUCAGCUGAUGGCUGUCAGUUAAAGGAGUCUGAUGAGCAGCAUGUCCAAGGCAAGGAUGUUCUUGUACUUAAAAGAACACAGCAGACAAUCCGUGCUGUUGAUCAGAGAACAGGCAUUGAAAGGUAUUCACAACAGUAGGCAGCUCUGUCAUAUCAUUAUUGUUCUCCUCAAGCAUGCAUUACAUAUGCUGAGUUUCAAUGUGCCCCUGGUGUAAAUCUUUUUGAGCACUUUGAACUUUCAUCUCCUCUUUUUAGCAUUUCUUGUUACCAAUUGAAAUUAAGGGAAAAUUUGCAGCCUAACUAAUAUAUGUCAUUGAAAAUUAAUUGUUCAUCAUUGAUAGUCUUUUUAGAUAAAUUAACAGUAAAAAAGAGUAGUUAUUAUGAUCAAAACUCAAUUUGCUCCGAUUCCAAUAAUCAUGCUCUAAUCAGUCAUUAAUGAAGCCUGUUUUCUGAUUGUUUUGUGUUUUAGAUGGAACUUUUCUGUUGGACAACAUGAUGUAAGCUUCUUGGAAGCUGUUUUAAAUGAAGAAGAUGAUGCUCACUGUUCUGCUGAGGAUGCUGAAUUGUUUACAGAAUGGAAUCUGCGUGUGUCCAUUCCCAAUGGACUUGUAGCAGCAGUGAACACUCUUGAUGCAACAGAGACUGAAGUAGUGUUAUGGAGCCACCAGUUUGAUUCCCCUAUAGCAGCAGUAUGGAGGCUGAAUGGGGGUUUUGUACAACCAGUAAAAUUAUUCACAAAAGAAGUUACACCAGAAUUGGCUCACUCAUCUGACCAGGGGGCAUUUCCACAGGGACCAGUGAUGUAUAUAGGUAAGGUAUUCUCAUUGAUUUGGUGGUCUUUGUAUUAAUAACUUCAGUAUGGUCCUAUACAUUUAUUUACUGUAUAUUUCAUAUCUACAUGUACACUUCAAUUUACUGGUUUGCUAUCCUGGGGUUUUUCUGGACCUCUGAUGCUAUAAAAAGAGAGUUCAAUGUAGACUUUGUCAUUAUCCAUUGUACUGUUAGCACAGUUUAAGAGAAGUUUGCUGAUCAAGUAUUUGAGCCUUGUUUUUUUUAGCACAUGAAACAACUGUUGGUGCUAACUUACAAUGUUUCUCUGUUUCGUAAGACCUUUGCACAGGAUAUGUCUUAUGUAAAGCACAAUCUACAAUAUACAUUCACAUAUAAAAUGUUUUCAUGAAGGUUUUUUACACAACAAACAAUUACCUCCUUUGGGCAAAUGUAACCUCAUUAACCAUACAAUCAUAUAGUUGUAUAAUAUAUAUAUUUUUGUUCUUAACCUCUCAUAAGGCCUUACAGUGGUCAUAAAUUGGGAAACAGGACAGCUUAGGAUGGUACAUGUUAUGUAGCAUUGACUCUGUGUCUUUGUGUUAGAAUUACUGAAUAUUGGAAUCACACUCUUGAUGCUACCUAUAGAUGCAUAGCAACAUUUCAUUUGCUUCAAGCUGGGGCCUGUUUCUCAAAAGUCCUUGAUCUUGAAGCCUUAUUUUACAAUAAAAAUGUAAAGAAUAGAGAAGUACAUUGUGGCUCCCCAACCAGUCCAUUUUGUGUAUUUAGUUAAUAGAUUUAUUUUAAGUUUUUCAAAAAUUUUGAAACCCUCUUCUUAAAUGAGAACAGAACAGCAUUAUGGGCCCAUUAAGUUAACAGGACCUUCAAGAAACAGGCCCCUAGACACAAUUGAUUUUUUCCUAAGUUACUUGAUAUUUUGCAAUAAUUAUUGAUAAUAAUUGUUGCAGUAUUGAAAUUUGAAAUUUGGUAUACAUAUGCACUUAUGGAUAAUUCAAUGGAAUACAACUUUAAAACAAUCACAAUUUGUACAACUUGGCACUUUGAUUGCCUAGGACCCGAUUUCCCCAAAGCAACAACAAUUUUUUAUAUGGCCGCUCAACUGUACUACUUCAGCUUUGUUAUUAAUAGCAUUGAGAAAUUUAGUUUGUUUCCCUCCUAUCUUCCAGGAAAACAUGAAGGUCAAGUUUACAUUCAGACAUCAGAGCCAUUUAAUCCAGCUCAGGAAAACGUAGUGGCUAGAAUUGAUGAUGUUAGUGGCAAAGCAGUGGCACAAAGAUUCAGGAAGGUUAAAUGGAGGCCAUAUUUGACGAGUUCACCAUCACGUACACCAACUGUGGUUACAAAGGAGUUAGCUGUGUGGAAUCCUCUGGAAUAUCCAUUUGGUAAAUUGAGAUCAAUUAUGUGUUUCAGACUAUUUUGCAUGAGAAGGAGUUUUAAAUAAAAGAUAAACACAUGAUGCCUAUAAAAAUCAAAGGUUGACUUUGUGAUAGAAUUACAAAUUUUCUUGUUGUGAAAAAUCUAUGAUCAUUUCAUUCUCCCUCCUGGGAAAUAGGUAUUUAGUAGACUGAAAAUAGGCAAUAAUUAUGCUUACUUGUUGUUAUUCAAGAAUGACUUUUUUUAGUUGCUGCAAUCGCCAAUCUUUUCUAGUGGUUUCUUUAGUUAAACAUGAUUGCCAUGGUUCAGGAAAUUGUCUGGGAAAAAUUCUUAAAGAGAGGGAAAAGUCUUUGACUAUUAUUUAGAGUCAUGGUAAUUUUAAGUUUUGAAGACAAUUCAGUAAACAUUGAAACCAUAACUCCAUCUUUUGUCUCAUCUUUUGUUGAGGCUGUAAUAUUCUGACUGAUUAAGUAUAUACCUCACAACUGAAUAGCGAUUUUUGUGUGGCCAAUUGGUUAGUUUGGUAGUGAAUCAGAAUAGCAAGUACUCUACACUGUACACCUCCUAGCAGCUGAUGAGACAAAAUUGCACAUCAUGAGUUUAAUUUCCACCAUUUCUUCAGUAUACUGAAAGAAAUAAACUAAGUUUUUGGUAUCUGUGUGGUAUAUACUAAUUUAAAAAAUUAUUCACCUCCACUUUGGUGAAUAAUUGUUAAUUAUGAUGAAUAUAUGAAUGGUCAGAAAGGAAGCUUGCACAGGGAGUCUAAAACAACUGACAGAAACUGUUUGUUGCAAUUUUUUUAUAAUUAGUCAGGGAAGCUUUUAUUUUGUUAAGGGGAAGUCAAGGAAAAUUUUUAAAACUGAUGUCUGUGGCUGCCAUGUAGAAGGAAAUAAACCAGUUUUAAUUCCUCCUGGGUGAGAGAUUAGUUUGAAGUUAAGCAUGUAAUGAAACACUGUUAAUUUUGGUAUCCUAUUGAUUUGUAGAUAAUGGCUAUUACUUGUUGGGUGAAGUGAUGCCUGUGGUUCCUCCACAUACCCAGGAUAAGCAAAUUCUUCCAGUAGACUCUGAGGAUGUUUUCAACAGAAAAUCCAAGAACUCUUCUGAAAAAGUUCUGAAUCGUAAUGAUCUCUCAGGAUGGUGGUAAGAAUAACUGUCUGAAAUGAAUCCAAGUAUAAAUUUUGCAACUUUGUUUUUGAGCUUAAUGUUUAAAUGUUAUUAAUAUUAAUUUACAAUACUAAUGAUACUAUCAUACAAUACCACAAAAGCACAGACAAGAUUAGGAAGAUUGAACUUCAAAACUUUCAUUAUUGUUUAACAAUGAGUUAUAACCAAGACACAAAAUUAUAUGUACAUUUAAGAACUACAGUUUAGAUUUAAAUUUUGUAACUUAAUGUGAUAAUACUAUUAUUGAUAAUUCAAUAAAGCAACACUUUCUUAGAUAAUUCAGGUACAGGCUGUGUUACCUUUUCUUUCUUAAGAAGCUGCUCUGUGUUUUAAAAAAGCACUUUUAGGGGCAAACAUACAAUGAAGUAUUAAGAGCACAGCUAAUGCUUGCAGGAAUUAUUUCAAUUACAGUCAUCGUGUUUAUUUACUAAUACAUGUACACCAUACUGAUGGAAUAAACAUGAAAUGUUUCUCUUGUAAGGUAUGGUGCCCUGUUUGUAACAGCUGUUGUUGCUGUCAUGGUCCAGUUUUUUUUGCACUUCUUUCCUGGAUCCAACAAGAGAAACGUGAGUGUUUGAACCCUUCCGCCUUUAACAUCUUAUCAGCACUUCUUUGUUUUCUUUUAUUCCACAAAAUUUGGUGUUAAACUUCAUGAUGUAGGAAUCCUUACAUUCGAUUGAUUCAUUUGAUAUAAAUCUCUUAUUUUACUUCAGCCUGAAGCAAUAACUCAGGACCAGAAGUUGUCUUCUGCUACGUUAACAUCAUCCCCACAUUCUUCUACAGCAUCAAUAGAGACCAUCAAGGUAUAUGGAGAAGUAUCUUUACACGUUAUUGUGCUGUUACAUAAUUAUUAUGUGCUGGAAGGUAGCUUACCAAUGUCCUUCAACAGAUGCAAAAGAUGGUACAAAAGCAUGUUGAACUUACAUUGUUAUUAAUGCCUCCAAAGAAAAUUUUUACUUGAUUUAAAUGUACAAUUUCUAUUCAAGCUUUGCAGUGCCAAUAACUAAACAUAAAAACAGACCAAUCAGUUUCCACAAACCAGAGCAUUAACACUACCCAAGAAACUCCUUACAUGACAAUGAUUUCUGAUCAGGUUGUUGUUAAUGUUAGUUGUUCUCCUUGACUAAUUCAAACACUCACUGAGAAAAUGCUCUGAGCAAUUUUCAGAGACUGAGAGGCUUUUCUCUUGAAAUGAUAGUCUCAUCUUGCAAACUGUUUUAUACUCUAAUUAGGCUUCUGCACAACUUGUUCAGUAUUCUUUCUCUCACUCACAGGAACCAUCAACUCCAACCACACCAGAUUCUUUAUCACAGACAAACUCUUUUGUCUCAAGGUGAGUCACCAAGCUUGUAAGUUAAGUAAGUUACUAAUCAAUUGAAUUUGUUUAUGGAAAGUGAUGCACAAAACCCAAGAAUUGCUUUGCUUGUCUGAGUUUUAUUGAUAAAAGGGGGAACAGAAGAUUUUCCUGGGUCUGUGUUUUUACAACUUGUUUGAUUCUCUUUAUCCAUUCUUUACACUCCCCCCCCCCCUUUUAUUGCUUCAACAUUACUUGAAGCUGAGGAUCAUCAUAUUGUGUUUGAAACAUAUCAAUGUAUCUGGUAUUAAGGUCAAAAGGUUUAUUAUUUUCAUCAGAAAAUAGCUCUUAUUUUUAUUUUGCAUUUGCAGAUAUGUAACUGAUUUUGAUCAUGAACUGUGCCUUGGCAAGGGAGGCUUUGGCCUUGUGUUUCAAGCAAAGAAUAAAAUGGAUGAAUGCAAUUAUGCUGUCAAGAGGAUAAGUUUACCAAACUGGUAAUUAAUUGGCUGAAUUAAUGAAAAACUUUAAGGCUUGAGGAUAAUACAAAGUCAUUGUCUUAUUGUAAUGUUAUUGAUAUGCUUUCAUUUAAAUAGAAAUAAGUUUCAGAUAUUAAUUAACAUGAAGGGAAUGUAAAUUACCUUUGGCCUCUUUUUUUCAAAACAAGGCCUAGUGCUCAAUUUUUAAUCAUAUGAAAAGAUAAGCACCAGGACUCGCUUUGAAAAAGAGGCUAAAGGUAAUUUGGAAAUGGGCUAUUGUAUAGUUACAUGUAACAAUAAAGUCUCAAAGGCUGAAGCUCUCACAUUUUUCAGAACCACAAAAUCCAAAAAUGAAUGUUAGAAUGGGCUCAAUUUUCAAUUGUUAUAGUUAACAUGUAAACAAUAAAGUCUCAAAGGCUGAAUUCUCCAAUAUUUUUCAGAACCACAAAAAAUCCCUUGCGAAAAAAAAAAAGUUUUGGGUUUAAAAAUGAAUUAGAUGGCUUCAUUGAGAUAUGAAGCAUUACCAUCAAUUUUCAAUUGUUACCUGUCAAACAAUUACGCAUCUUUCGUUAAUGUUCUCCCAAUUAACGCACGCUGACAUAUGAACCAAUUGUUAAAUGUUCCCCCACUCUUAUAGGCCCUUAUGGUGAUGGUGGGAGGGGGGGUUGGGGUGAGAGAGGGGCUUCACUCUUUACACCCUAACAUCAGUAUGCAUAUUCUCCAUGCUGCUCUACAUAUAUUUCCUAAUGUGCUAGCAAGGAGAAUUUGUUUAACAAUCAAGAGCUUCUUUAGUUAAUUAUCAUUUCCUUUAUUUCUCCUGACCCUAUUGUUUGAUUCAGGGGUGAUAUUGAAAGGAGAAAUUAGAUGCUAGUCGCUCUCAGUGAUUAAAGGGUUAAAGAGAGGGGAGGGUGGCUUAUCAAAUUUCUUUGAAUGCCAAAAUGUGAGCCAUGUACAGAGUAAAUUUUUUGUUGGAAAAUCCAUCAAGAUGUUAGGCAAAACUAAUAUAGGCUUUCAUAUAAAAUCCUAUUUUGUACAGGACUGUUACCUAGCCCAUAUAAAUAACACAGAUAUCUUAACAGUGUUAAAAUUGUUUUGUUAUUUUCUUGUGUGUAUUUAGUUUUAUAGUUUUUAUGUAGGAAGUGUUGGAGGCUCAUUAGAACAUAAUUGUUUUUUUUUACAACUUUCAUGGUUUAUUUCUUUUAAGAACCAUAUUUUCUCCUGUUGUGAUGCAGGGAUGAUUUUGAUGCAAGCCUUGGCAAAACUUGAACAUCCUAGCAUAGGGUAUAGACUCAUGGUUUGAAGAACUUUUGUUUGUAUUUUUGAAAAAAUUAUUCCAUCAGUCUUUUGUUUGUAUUUAAAAUUAUUCCAUGGGAAAUCACAUAUGAUUGAAUAGAAAGGUCUGAUUGUUUUUUUUUUAUAUUGAUUUCUUCAUUUGUUUGUUUAAUUAUGAAGGGAAUUCUGUGAAUUGCCGUCAGAAGCACCUUCAAUUGGUUCAGGGAUUGUAAUGCAUGCAUUACCAAAUGAUGCAUUGUACUUGCAAAAUGGUGAGGCCUCGUGAGGUUAAUUUGGUGCUGUUGGUUAGGGCUAUGUUCUUAAUUUUUUUAGUUAAAGAAACUUUAUGAUUAGUUGAGAUGGGUGAACUGAUAUGAACUGCUGAAUUUCUCCUGUCUGAUUUCUGAAACUCCAGUCAUCAUUGGUGAUUAUUUUUAAUUACUAUAUUUCUCCAGCACAGUUUGUAGAACAUACAUUUUCAUACAUGCUUACGUAUAUUGGCAAUAUGUCUCAGAAAGUACCAAAAGGAAAUUAAAUGAAAAAAGGACACAUGGAGUUAACCCUUUUACACCUUCACAUCAGUAUGCAUAGUCUCCAUACUGUACUCUAUAUAUUUCCUUUGGUGUUGACAAGGAGAAUUUGUUUAUCAAUCAACAGCUUCUUUAGUUGGUGAUCAUUUUCUUUAUUCUUGUGACCUCAGUGUGUGCUCUGGUAGUUAUAUUCUAAGGAGAAGUUAGAUGCUAGUCACACGUAAGGUUCCAGGGUUAAUAAGGUAAAACGAAAUUUAUAGUAUGAAACUUAAUGUCUUGAAAUAUUUUUGCAAACCUGUAGGCAUAAGUGAAGAAAAGAAGGCCAGAAGAAGGAAGAAAACAAAUUCCUGCAGCCGAUCCAGGCAUUCAUCUUAUCACUCUAAUCCAGAUGAGGACAAUGGAAAAAUUAAUGGAGAGAUCAUUGAUAUCCAUCAGUUAGAGAAUGAAGCAUUUCUAGAUAGAAAUGAAAUCAGUGAUUCUUUUAGUAUAGAAUUUGCUUCAUCAAGUAACAAAGAACUGACAGUACCCAAAAAUGGAAAUUACCGCAAUGCCUUGGAGGAAAGUUCAUCACACGGCAUCAUCUUCAGACAUUCAGACUCUGGCUUGAGUCAAAACAAGGUUUGUGUAAUGAUAAGAAUAACAAUAUAUAACAGAGUGCUGUUCAUAGAUAAACUGUAAGCUUAAAAGGUUGUGCUAAAUUUAAUUUUUUUUUUGACCUGCUGAAUUUUUUGAGAAAACUCCUCAAAACUGUUGAGCUAAUAGUAAAUGUUUAUAUCUUACACUCCUGGUAGUGUAGAUACAUCUGUCCUCAAAUGGUUACCACAUUGACCUGUUAUAAACUAAGAAUUCGAUUAUGAGCUUAGGAUUUCUACCAUGUGAUGAGGAAAUAGUCGAAAUCAACCCUCAUUAGAAUUUUCAUGUUACAUUUUGUGUUAUUUUCUUUGUAGGAUGUUAACAUAGGCAACGUUGGAUCACUGUCAUCAUCUGAUAGCACACAGGAUUCCAUGUCCAAGGAAACAAGCUCCUCAGAAGAACUCUGGUUAACCUCUUCACAUCACUCCUUACUUUCCAGUAAGAUGAACAUAAUUUGCCUACAUGUGACCAAACAUACAAGAAAACUGUAAUUUUUCAAGUUCUGCCUAAGUAUGUUAUAUUGCACUUAAAUCAUUUUGUGAAAGGGAAAUAAACACCUUUCUUUGGCCUCUUAUCUUGUUGGAAAGAGGUGAAGCAGCUUUAAAACAUAACCAGAGAGAUUUUAGCUGAUAAAUGUAUCAGUUAAUUAUUUCUUUUUUCCUUUGUUGCUACCAACUUUGAAGGCUCUCUUCUAGUUUUGUACGGAAGCUAAGAUGAUUGGAGGCUAUCUUAAUGUUUGUCCCAAGACUUUGCAAAUAUUUGCCUCUUACAGUUUCUAUUUGGAAUAGGAAUUGAAUUUAACUCUAAAAUAUUACCAAUGCUUGUGUUUAAAUUUCCUGUCCAAAAGUGUUUGGAUGAGUAUUAACAUGCAAUAUAUGACCAGGAACUCAAUUUUCUGAUGCUUAAUUCAUUAAAUGAGUUCCAGGCCCUUAAGCCCAUCUGGCUUUAAACAUUAUAACUAUGUUUAUGUUUUAGGAGAGAAGCAUAACUGUCAGGAUGAGCAAUGCAAUGCUGAUAAGCUGUCAGCACCAUUGUACCUAUAUAUCCAGAUGCAGCUUUGUCAGCAAGAAAGCUUGAAAGACUGGCUCAAAGCUAAUCAUGAAAGGGACCACGGAUACUGCCUGAAUGUCUUUGAAGAGGUAUCAUUUUACUUAAGAAAUGAGCACAUUACUGGCAUUGUUUUGUCUUUUGUUCUUCUCAAACAGACAAAGAUUUGGUUUGAGAUGCUUAGUUUCAUCUUGUCAAUUAUCUGGUGUACAUGUGAAGCAAAACCUCUUGAUUAAAAAUAAUUAGCCCAAGCCUAGAACGUGGAAAAUGCCAAGGUUGUUAUGUGGGAAUAAAGACAUUUCUAUUUCUGUAAAAUGCAUCUUCCAUGAUGAUGGAAUUCCAACAUAUUGUUAAUAGCAAAUAGGCUGAUUGUUUAUUGCAUGUUAUAGAUCCUAGGUGCUGUUGAGCACUUUCAUGGAAAAGGACUUAUGCACAGAGAUUUAAAGGUAAGGGCAAUUUUACAAACAAAUGGAAAAGAGGCAGAACUGUAAGGGGUCAUAAAGUCAACUUGUAAUUAAGGAUCAUGGCAAAUUCACUUUUUAUGCAAUGUUUCAUCUUUAAUUAAUUUUGUAAUUGCAUCAGCUUAUGGACACAGUGAUUCAUUUUCUAUCAAAAAUGUGAAAAAUGUAGCCAGUAACUUUGAAGUCCCUUUUCUCAUAGAUUUACAGGCUAGCAAUACAGGGUAACAUUUUGUUCAAUGAAUAUUGCCUCAGUGUGUAAAUAUUAGUUUCAACUUUGAAAUAAUCAUAUUUUUCCAAACAUUGAAAUAUAUCUCUAUUCAAUUUCACAGCCAUCUAAUAUCUUCUUUUCACUGGAUGGCUCAGUGAAAGUCGGUGAUUUUGGAUUAGUGACGGCCCACACAUCAGAAAACAACCUGGACACACCCAUUAAAGGUAUGGCAACAUUUAAACCAAACUGGACUAUUAGAAACAUUGACAGAGACAACUGGGCCUCACAUCAUCCAUCACUAGUUGUAAAUUGUCUUGCUUGAAAGAAUCAGAUUUUUAUUGCUACUUGAAAGUUGUUUUGUAGGUUAGCUCUGAGAUUAUCAAACUACAUUUUUUAGAUAUUUCUUUGGUAUCUGUUUAGAUUCUCUAAUGGAUGACACGAAUCAUACAAGCCAAGUUGGCACACAGUUGUAUAUGAGCCCAGAACAGGUAAAAUUGUUGUACAGUUUCAGCACAUUUACUGAAGCUUGCUUGUAGUGCUGAGUAUGAAAAAUGGGUGAUAGUUGUGCCAAGUAUAAGUGCUAGUGACUUGUCAUGUUUUAGGCACACACCUGUCCUGGAAAAUGCCUUUUGAGCAAUAAGUUUUGUACUGCUAUUAAAUUGGUAUUGACAUACAUGUAGGUAAUUUAUUUAUCAAAGGAGGACUUUGAAAGACCUGUUCUUCACUGUCAAAGAUUAUUAGCAUAAUCAUGUAUUUGAAAGGAAUGCCCAUCUCACAAAAUUACUGUUCAAAAUAACUUUUAGUACUCUUAUUUAGCAGUUUUUUUUGUGAUUGGUUACCCAAAGAUUUCACAGAAAGCAUUAUUGUUUCCAGUACAGACUAACUUUAAUUUCUUUCCUCUUAAUCAGAUGGAGGGAAAGGCAUAUUCCCACAAGGUAGACAUCUUUUCCCUUGGACUCAUAUUUUUUGAGUUGUUUUGUCCAUUUGGUACUCAAAUGGAAAGAAUAAAGGUAAGAACACCAAGAUUGCUAGUAAGUUUUAUUAACCAAGCCUGAGGUAGUGAGCUUCUAAUAUUUUUUGGACUGUUACAAUGCUAAGGGGAUGACUUCACUUUCUCUACUGAGAAGUUGAUGUUUGCAUUCUUUUUAAGAGUUUGCAGCCUUUCUUAUUGGCACCUCCCUUCCAUUAACUAUGUUUUGUGAAAUCAACAAAUAUCUCUUUUUGAUUUUUCAAUAAAAGUACCUUAAUAGGCUUCAGAGUAUGUAUUUCAUACAGAAUUUAGUACUGAAGGCUAUUGCUUUAGUGAAAGGUGUGGUCAAAGUAUGAAAAACAGUUAGGUUCAAUUCUCAAAACAUACAAAAACUGACAAAUGGCUGGGCUGGAAUUUAACAAAUGAAUGAAACACUUGAUCAUUUGGUUAAUGCUUCCAUUACCAGUGGAAAAAAGGCUUAUUAAUUUUUUUAGACUCACUGUGUAUUUGUUAUUGUUAAUUACAGGUUAUGUGUGGUGUUAAACAGAGGGUGAUCCCGGGUGACUUUAAAAAAAAGAUGCCACUACAGGUACAGUGUACAGUACCUUAUUUAUGUCACGUACUGUUGGUAGCUGGUCCCUCUAGUCGUCACAUUUGAAUAUUUCUUACUUGGGCCUGUAGCUUUAAGGAGCCAGCUAAUGUUUCACACUUGUGAGUUUUGUUUGAUAUUUUAUUUUAUUUCUUUUUACAUGCUUUAAAAAUUGAAUUUUUUUUGUUCUGAUCAUCUUUUAGUCAGAAUUGGUACAGUGGUUGUUAUCUGCAACACCAAAAGCAAGACCAAAUGCUACAGAAGUCAAGAACAGUAGUAUUCUGAGGAGGAUAAGACAACAGGUUUCAGAAAGCCCCAAUAGUUAACAAGAAAAAGGUUACAAUUCACUUUCAAUUUCAAAGGCUGUGCAAAAUUACUGGAUAUCAAUUUUCAUUAACAUGGGGAAACUAAGGGAGAUAAAUCCUGAGGGAAAAUAACUGUCAUUGGUCUUUGCACCAUUGUGACAUGUUCAUGCAGUGGAAUUAUGAAAAUUGUGCACAUUUUGUUUGAAUAUUUCCUUAUUUCUAAGUAAGUAGAAUCCCAUUUAAUUGGCAGUUCAUCCUAAAAUGAUGUAUUUUUUAAGGGAAAUUUUUAUAUUUUGAAACAAAAAAUAUGUAUUGUUUAGACAGAAAUGUACAUAAGGCUUGUUAUUUAUUAGAAAUUAGAUAAACAGACAAAAAUCCUUGCAUUUUUUUUCUCAUGUUUAUUGUAUAAAUAGCAACAUUGUAAAAUAUUAGCUGCAAGAUAAAUUGUAUAUCAGAAAUAAAUAGUAUCAAC